UCUGGCCAACCCCCCCUUCCCAAACCAGGCAGCCCAGGGCACCAUGGCCGAGCGCCGCGUUCCCUUCACCUUCCUGCGCAGCCCCAGCUGGGAGCCCUUCCGAGACUGGUACCACGGGAGCCGCCUCUUCGACCAGGCCUUUGGGAUGCCCCAUAUCCCUGAGGAUUGGUACAAGUGGCCGAGCGGGAGCGCCUGGCCGGGCUAUUUCCGCCUGUUCCCUCGGGAAAGCGCCCUGAUGCCAGCCCUGGGCUCUCCCUACGGGCAGGCUCUGAGCAGGCAGCUCAGCAGCGGCGUCUCCGAGAUCCGGCACACGGCCGACAGCUGGAAGGUCACCUUGGAUGUCAACCACUUUGCACCCGAGGAGCUGGUGGUCAAGACCAAGGAUAAUAUCGUGGAGAUAACUGGGAAGCAUGAGGAGAAGCAGGAUGAACACGGCUUCAUCUCUCGGUGCUUCACCCGAAAGUACACCCUCCCCCCCGGUGUUGAAGCCACUGCAGUGAGGUCCUCGCUGUCCCCCGAUGGGAUGCUGACAGUGGAGGCCCCCCUGCCCAAGCCAGCCAUCCAGUCUGCUGAAAUCACCAUCCCUGUCACCAUGGAGAGCCAAGCCAAGGAGCCAGCCAAGAAGUAGGUGGCAGAGAGGAGGAAGAGGAGGAGGAGAAGCUGCUGCUGCCCCCCCCCCCCAUCCCCACUCACAGCCCCCUUUUUACUGCCCGUUUUGUACUCGCCCGGUCACCGAGUGCCUUGAGUCGUGGGAAGGAACCCAGAGAAUCAGCUGGAAUAAAAAGUGGUGGAAGAAAA